AUGACAUUAUCUCUGCGCAUGAAGACACUAUCAGGUGCUUGCACUCAGAACAAACCAAGAGGUUCAUUGCUGUGUGCCAGUAAUUACAAACACGUCCCUAGCACUAGCCAUAGCACUAGAACUACUCCCUUAAGAACCAAUGCUUAUACAACCAAGCUAUCUCACUACCGAGUGAUGAUAUCUAAUUGGACUGCAAUUAGAUUGUGUGUCUUGUUGGUACUGUUGCAUUGGACCAGUAUAGUGAGUGGCUCGAGUAUGGAAAUAGAUCAGCUGGUUUUGCCAAGUUCAGAGGAGAUACUCAAAUCUCUAAAAGAUGUUGGGCUCGAAUGGGCUCGUUGCGAUGCUGCAUAUAUAAGUGCUAUACUAUAUCCUCCCCAGGAAUCCACAGAAUCCACAUCUGGUACAGAUGCCAAUACUAAUACAGAUUCACCCCAACAGAAUUCUACACAAAAGCCAACACCUAGGUAUGUGAUAGAUUGUUCAAACAAAUCCAUUCGGUUUAAGCCCGGGCGCAAGUGCAACCUGGGUAAGGAAUGCUUGAAUGUGUUAAAAUGGGUUAGAGUGAUUAAGGCCAGAAAAGUUCUAAUUAAGUAUGCUAGAGGCACUAGAAUGUACUAUCAAGAGGGCCAGGCGUGUUUGUGCCGACUGAUUAACAUCUUUGAGUGUAAGGAGAUGGAAUUUUUGGCUAAAUACAGCGAGAGCACAGACCCAUAUCCAGAUGAAUUCGAUUUAGAUCUGUGCCGGAAAGAGGCUAAGGAUGCAAUUAAGUAUGUUAAUUUGGCGCCAUUGAAUUUGCGUGUUGAGACAAAUAUACCAUCAAGUAUCUUUCUAAAGUAUAUAUUUGAAAGAAUCGUUAUAUUGCACCCUAUUUCACAUCUCACUUUGUAUACUAACAUGAUACCAGACUUAACUGCAUACUUUGUGCCUCUAUUAAUGCUAGACAACUACUAUUUCACAAUUCGAUACCUAACCCCAAAAGUUUAUGUCGACUUAGAGCGUCUUAUCAAACAACUUCCCCCCAAAUGCGUCCAAAUCACCAUUGAUCUCCACGAAAACAUAGAACCGAUAGUAUCUGGACUUGAAAACUUACCUAAGGAAGACAUAACUAUAGCUUUAAUCGGAAAAUUGGAUUGUAUUGACUAUCUUGUAGAUUAUAAUCCGCGCCCAAUCAGGGUUCAUAUCUUAUCCAAUAAUGAGCAGCCUAAAGACCAGACUUAUAUGUUGAAUUAUUCCCAGGAAGAUCAAUCAUUUUCUGAGCCCCGUAUACAUGCCGACAAACUAGUUUAUACAAUCCUGGCUACGCACCCUUGCGAUUUCUUGUUUUACUACAAACGGAUAUUGACUCCGGAAUUCUUUGUCCAACAUGGCAUUAUUGUUAACGAUGUCCAGACUGUGUAUGCUGAUGACCGAAUGGACUUUCGUGUGGAACUAGAUAACCUUUGUAAAAUCGGUGGUUUAUCAAAAAUCCCAACAGAUCUAGAAGAAAAGAAGAUUGAGUGUCUUGGCCAUGCACUUAGUGAGCCCGGGUGGAGACUUGAAGACGCGGUUAACAUCAAACUUAGCGCCUUCGACAGGAAUUCUGUCUUCUGCCAGCAUAUAUGUUACACAACACUUAGUAUUAGUGGAGAUACAAAUCCAACCCAGCAAGAUCCUCCCCGGCCCCAGAUCGACAUCUGCAGCAAGCUUUUAGAUGGGCUACGAAGUGUCAAUGCGCAAGAACUUCGUAUCUCAAAUGUGCGUGAUUAUCCUCCAACUGACAUUAACAUUGACAUGGCCAAGUUAAAGCUCCGUUUAGCUAAUCCUCGAAAAUACAACCUCAAUGUCAAGACUUUGAUUCUAGACAAUGUUGAUGAAUGUAUUUUAUACCGAAUGCUAGGCUGUUAUGAGUUUACUUGCUCAGACAAAACUGAAAUUCAUCUCCUAAACCAACGCUUUACUAGUCUUGCUUUCGCCCAAAUACUAGCUCUUCCUAUGACUGAAAGGAUCUCCAAACUCGUAAUCGAGGGCGCCGCUCGUCUAAAUGAGCUCAAGCAUUUCCACCAGCGAAAGGAAUUGGAUGGGUUCUCACUGUUUAACUAUCUCGAGGAGCGUAAAGAGAAGAAAGAAACUGAAGAACUUGACCUCCACAAGCUCGUCCUAAUCCCCGAACCCAUCCUCUUCGACUCGUAUAACAUAUCCUUACAAGCGCUCAAAGACCUUGGUGUCCAAAUAACAACCCCGCCUAAUGAAUACAUCACAGAUCCAUCUUUCCUCCACCAGCCCCAUAUGAUAGACAUGAAGAGUUUCACCUAUUGCACUGCGACUCUUGAUGCCUUAAAGAAUGACCUCGCUACUUAUCAAUCUGCCUUGUCUAUCCAGUCGGACCAAAUCCCAGCCCAGCCCAAUCCCACUACUGAUCUGUUCUUGCGUAUCAGUGGCGCUCAAGUCUUAACGAAAGCAGAUUUAAAUACUAUUAUCUGCUGGGUAGGCUGCCGGCUCCAAAAUCUAACAACUCUCUGGCUGGCCAACUUUGAACUGACCGAAGAAGACCGAACAACUUUGAGUUCAUGCGAAUAUAUGGCUAAAAGUCCACCCUAUCUUCAACUCAUUCAAAUAGAGGAUACUACCCCCGGCAAAGACCCAAUUGAGCUAUCACUGCAUCUAUAUCAUAACAAUCUGCAGGCAAUUAAGGCCGACUCUGAACAUGACUUCGUUGCAGUACCAUAUAAACUACUAUCUCGCCUUUACACCUACUGCGACAAAAUUGAGGAUCACAUUUCCGGCUACAAUGACUCCAAUCUAUCUUUUCAAAUCAUCAUAAAGGUUCUCAAGAAAGAGAAGUUGCUUGGCGAUGUGCCAGAAUGCCAAGGGUGUAAUAAGACUCUUUAUAUGCCAUCAGAGGAAACAAAGCGUGAGCGACCAGAUACUAACAAACCAAGACGCCAAUUCAACCCAAAGACAAACUUCCACAUACUUUGUUAUGUCAAGUGUGGAGGCACAUUCUGCAUUCAUUGUGCCAAAUCAAUGCCUUAUAGGCACCUCAGGCAAUGCGACAUGUGCACGUACCGAAAGCCAGCAGCUACUUCCAAGCGGCUUAUAUCCAUUCCCUCAUCUAUCUGUAUCUUCCCUGAUAUUAGUGAUACCGCAACCACUAUCGAUUCCGCGUGGUCCCAAAUCACACGGCCAAACGACAGCCACAACUACUUUUACCUGGUCUAUAAUGACAGAAAGUUGUUAAUCAAUGAUAUUAACAAAGAACAACUCGACCAUAUUCAUUUAUCUCUACACACACGCUUUGAGUAA